AUGGCACCCAAAGCCAAAUCACCAUCUGGGACACCACUCAAGACCACCCCUCUCUCCACUCCCCUACCCAGAAAAGCAUCUGCGGAUAUCCUAUCUAAAUCAUCUUUAGCAGUUGACGAUGAACCACUACCGUCUGGAAGGACCACACCCAAAGUCAGGAAACUAGCUUAUCCCUUACCAACGCAUAUCUCACCUACUACCAUCAACAACACCGAAUCGUUAUUGAGGUUCAUCAUCCUGGCGUUGAUAUGUGGUGCUGCUAUUGGAAGUAGGCUGUUUGCUGUGAUUAGGUUUGAAAGUGUUAUUCAUGAAUUCGAUCCAUGGUUCAACUAUCGAGCAUCCAAAGUGCUCGUGAACAAGGGAUUCUACGAAUUCUGGAAUUGGUUUGACCCCACAGCAUGGUAUCCCCUAGGUCGAACUGUCGGUACGACACUGUAUCCAGGACUGAUGGUCACUGCAGGAUUGAUUUGGCAUUUUUUGAGAUUGAUCAAUAUGCCAGUAGAUAUAAGGAAUGUUUGUGUGAUGCUCGCUCCUGGUUUUGCAGGAUUGACAGCUUGGACUACGUAUCUAUUCACCACUGAGAUGUCUACUCCAUCUGCCGGUCUCCUCGCCGCCGCUUUCAUCGGUAUCGCCCCAGGAUACAUCUCCCGUUCGGUCGCUGGUUCAUACGAUAAUGAAGCGAUCGCCAUCUUCUUGCUCAUGGGCGCAUUCUACUCGUGGAUUAAAGCUAUGAAGACAGGAAGUGCUCUCUGGGGUAUGGUGACUGCUCUUUUCUACGGUUGGAUGGUAGCUGCCUGGGGUGGUUACGUGUUUAUUACCAAUAUGAUUCCCUUACACGCUUUCGUUCUCAUCCUCAUGGGAAGAUUCAACAACCGACUCUACACCGCCUACUCCUCAUGGUACGUUAUCGGUACGAUCUCCUCUAUGCAAGUCCCCUUUGUCGAGUUCCUUCCAAUUCGAACUUCCGAACACAUGGCCGCGUUAGGUGUGUUCGGCUUGCUUCAACUCAUCGCCUUUGUCGAGAUUGUACGAAGACUUGUCCCCGGUAAACAGUUCCAACUCUUACUCAGAGCUUUCGUCGUCUUGGUUUUCGUGGUCAGUUUCGCCGCGUUGGUAGUCCUGACCUUUUCAGGUUGGAUCGCACCAUUCGCUGGUCGAUUCUACUCUCUUUGGGAUACUGGAUAUGCCAAAGUGCACAUGCCUAUCAUCGCAUCCGUCUCCGAACAUCAGCCCACCGCUUGGCCAUCGUUCUUCUUCGAUCUUGAAAUGCUCAUCUUCUUCUUCCCUGCUGGUGUCUUCUGGUGUUUCAAGGAACUCCGAGACGAGCAAAUCUUCAUCAUCAUCUAUGCCACUCUCUCCGCCUACUUUGCAGGUGUGAUGGUCCGAUUGAUGCUCGUUAUCACUCCCGUUGUCUGUGUGGCAGCUGCCAUCGCAUUUUCCAAACUCCUUGAAGCGUACAUCGACCCUGUCAUCCCUGAAUCUGAAGAAGAGUUGGAAGAAGCUACCGCACAUCAACCCAUGUCUAAAGCCAAAGCCAAAAAGAUCGCCGCCGCCCAACAGAAUAAAUCCGAAUUCAACUUUACCGGUAUACUUGGCGGUAAAGGUGAAAAGGGAGUGUUCGGUCUCGACACCCGAUUCGCCGUCGUAUCUGUCUUAUCGCUAUUUUUGUUCCUUUUCGUCUAUCAUUGUACUUGGGUGACAUCUUCAGCAUAUUCCUCACCUUCCGUUGUACUCGCAUCAAGGAACCCCGAUGGAUCGCAGAAUAUAAUUGAUGAUUUCCGAGAAGCUUAUUAUUGGAUUCGACAAAAUACCGAAAAGGAUUCAGUCGUAAUGUCAUGGUGGGAUUACGGAUAUCAAAUUGCAGGAAUGGCCGAUCGACCCACCCUGGUAGAUAACAAUACAUGGAAUAAUACUCAUAUUGCGACAGUUGGAAAAGCAAUGUCAUCGAAUGAAGAUGCCGCCUAUCCAAUUUUAAGGAAACAUGAUGUAGAUUAUGUAUUGGUGAUAUUCGGUGGAUUGUUGGGAUACUCUGGAGAUGAUAUCAACAAGUUCUUAUGGAUGGUCAGGAUCGCCCAGGGAGAAUGGCCAGAUGAAGUUCAGGAACAUAAUUAUUUCACUCAGAGGGGUGAAUAUGCUGUCGAUGAGAGAGCUACACCAACUAUGAAGAAUUCGUUGAUGUACAAGAUGAGUUAUUACAGAUUCCACGAAUUAUUCGGUGGACACCCAGCUCAAGAUAGAGUGAGAGGUCAACAAAUCCCUUCGACAGGUAUUCAACUUGAUACUUUAGACGAAGCAUUCACAUCUGAAAAUUGGAUUGUGAGGAUAUAUAAAGUCAAGAAAGAAGAUCCGAUAGGUAGAGAAUUGAAAGCUGUAUCUUCCUUUGAAGGAGGAAAGAAAUUGAAGAAAUCGGCUAGUUCAAGUAAUGCUGCGUUGGCUAGUGGGGCAGGAGGAGGAAGGAAAUCAAGACCUAACAUGUGA